UCAGGGAUUCCCCCUUCAUAACCCCCUACUACCGCCGCAGACACCCUCACAGCACUUUUUAAUAGUAAUAGUAAUAAUAGUAAUAGUAGGGCUCCCCAGCCAAGCUCCUUCUUCUCCACAGAGAGAGAGAGCGGGAUCUCUGGGCCUCCCUCUUCGCAGCCCGAGGGGCAGACGACGACGACUACGAAUCUACGACCGCCCUCCUCUGCUCCGAAGAGCCCCUUCUACUACUGGGAGGAAACGCCGCUCUCCCAGUCCAACAGAGAGGAAGGGGGGAGAAGAGGGAGAGACAGACGGCCGAGAGGGGGAGGUUUUUUUUAAAAAGGCAGCCGGAAAGAUCCUAGAACUUGCAGUGAAUCAUUGGAUGUCAGCACUCUAGGUACAAGCAGCCAGUGAGCGACUGAUACAGAUCAAAAAGGAGAAUGAAGAUGAAUUUUCAGAAGUAAAUUCACAAAGUAUACGGCUGUCACAGUGAAUGACAAUCUGCUUCAUCUUGACUCAUCUUCAUUCCAGGAUAGUUGUGUCUCUGAGGCCCUCUGAUCACUUUGACAUGGUACAGAAGAUUUAAAAUUGGCUGAUGUUCACAAGGAAAAGAGUCACGUGAUGUAUGAAGGCAAACACAUACACUUUUCUGAGGUUGACAAUAAGCCGUUGUGCUCGUACAGCCCCAAACUGUGCAAGCAAAGAAGACUUAACGGCUACGCCUUCUGUAUCAGGCAUGUUCUAGAGGACAAGACUGCCCCCUUCAAGCAAUGUGAAUAUGUGGCCAAGUACAAUAGCCAACGCUGCACCAACCCCAUCCCCAAAUCUGAGGACCGUAGGUACUGCAACAGUCACCUACAGGUUCUUGGCUUUUUACCGAAAAAGGAGAGGAAGAAAAAGAAUGAUCCAGUAGAGGAGGUAAAAGUUCGGCACCAGAUGGAUUCAAUGGCCUUCAGCUUGACAGUCCCUCCGCUGGCCUUGAAGAUGUCCAAUGGUCUGGAUGGGAUGUCCCUCUCUCCACCAGGAGCCCGACUUCCUCUCCACUACUUGGAAGCAGAACUGGAAGACCCCUUUGCUUUCAAUGAGGAAGAUGAUGAUCUCAAGAAAGGGGCUACAGUGAAGAAAAAGCUGCAGAGCAAAUUAGCCCAAAACCGACAGCGCCAGAGAGAAACAGAGAUUCUGAAAGUUCGCCAAGAGCACUUUAGCCCCCUUCCUGCACCUUUGCAGCAGCAGUCGCCACCUCCUCAGCCACCGCCACCUCAGCAGCAGCAGCAGCAGCAACAACAACAGCAGCAGCAGCAGCACUCCCAUCUCUCACCUUUACCAACUUCUUUAAAGCCAGCAGGGCUACCGCAGGGCUUAGUCUGCAAGUCACCUCAACCUCAGAACACCAGCCUACCAAUGCAGGGAGUGGCACCCACCACACACUCUAUAGCACAAGCCAGGCAGUUGUCUAACAAAAGACCUCUGCCUCUCCUGAACCCCACUAAGGCUCCUGCCCCAGACCCACCCAGGCCUGACAGGAUCCUCAUGAAAGCCACAGCCUUCUCUCCGCACUCAUCGUGUAUGAGCCGGCUACAGAGACUGGUGAAACUGUGCACUCAGAAACAGCAGCUGGAUGCUGAUCUGUUUCCACAUUUAGGGUUGGACUGGUCUGAAGACAGUGGAGAAGAAUUUGAAGAACUGGAGCAAAAUUCGCCAUACCAUGUUGCAUGGUCUAUCCGGGAAGCCCUCAGAUAUGAAAGGAAUGAGCCAGAUGAUACUGAUGCCAGCGGCAGGAGUUCCCGCAUUUCCCAACUUUGCACUUAUUUUCAGCAGAAAUACAAGCACCUCUGCCGCCUGGAGCGGGCAGAAUCCCGACAAAGGAAAUGCCAACAUACAUUCCGGAAAGCAUUGCUGCGGGCAGCCAGCCGAGAACCAGAGUGUGCUGGGCAGCUGAUACGAGAGCUCCGAAGAGCCUCGUGUACUCAAACCAGCACAAAGCAGGUGAAGCAGAGGGAUGCAUCGCCAUGUAGUGGAACUACCAAGGGUGAACCAUGCACCAACAAGGCUCUUCCAUUCACUAAACAUUGUUUCCAGCAUAUCCUCUUGAACCGGUCACAGCAGCUUUUCUCAAGCUGCACAGCCAAGUUUGCCGAUGGACAGCAAUGCUCUGUGCCAGUUUUUGACAUCACGCAUCAGACACCCUUGUGUGAAGAACACGCCAAAAAAAUGGAUAACUUCUUGAGAGGAGACAGUUCUCGUAAAGUUCAGCACCAGCAGCAGAGGAAGCCCAGGAAAAAAACAAAGCCACCUGCGCUUACCAAAAAACACAAGAAAAAGAGAAGGCGAGGGCCGAGGCGUCCCCAAAAGCCUAUUCCUCCUGCUGUGCCCCAAGGAAACCUCAGUAUGCCCACCAGCGUCUCACUGCCAAUGGAGAUAUCCCAUAUACGGAGCCCUUCCACACCAGAGCUGAGUACAGAUGAACUGCCUGAUGACAUCGCCAAUGAAAUCACAGACAUUCCACAUGACCUCGAACUGAAUCAAGAGGACUUCUCGGAUGUCCUGCCAAGGCUGCCUGAUGACUUGCAAGACUUUGACUUCUUUGAAGGUAAAAAUGGAGACCUCCUCCCUACUACUGAAGAGGCCGAGGAGCUGGAACGAGCCCUGCAGGCUGUAACUUCUCUUGAAUGCCUGAGUACCAUGGGAGUGCUCACACAUACGGAUGGCGUGCCAGUCCAGGAGCUCACAGACAGAGGGAUAGGGGUAUUCUCCACAGGUGCUGAAACUUCAGGAAUUUCAUCCUUGAGCCGGGAAGUCAAUGCAGAUCUAGGAAACACAGCACAGAUACUGGAUGCCAUUGACCUUAGGCUGAGAAAGGAGAAGAUGGAUGUAGUUGACCUUAGAACCAGAAAUGAGAAGAUACCUCAAAUAAAACUAAUGCAAGUUCUUAAGGUUCUGAUCGAGCUUUCAGUCUCAUUAGUAUCUGAGGAGGAAGGAAGUGGAGAGUCACUAUAUGUUUAAAGGUGCAAAUGGGAUGAAAGGUAAAUCAAUUCUUUUUUGAUUUGGUAAUUGGGCACUGUAGAAUUAAGGCAAGACCAUGGUUCAUUUGUUAAUUCUGGCAGCUUGACAGUGGGCUCUUAACCUCCUCUGUAAGUAUAAGGGGAUAUGUGUGUGUGCGUGCGUGUAUUUGAUGGGUAAAUGACAGUUCUUUUCUUUCCUACAUUUAAGAAAUUCUUUCUCAAAACUGGUGAUUGUUUCUACUAAUUUCUGAAAUUGGGUUUACUAAAUAAAAGGAAUUUGAAACAUGCCAAAUUGUGCUUGUUGGUUUGGCGUACCCAGGUGGCCACAGAAAAGUUUUAUGUACUAGAAUAAAUUAUAAUGAUUUUGUUUGUUCUAAAGUAUAGAUAAUUCCUACAGUUAAUCAAUUAUUGGUAAGUUGAUUUUUUCAAGAAAAGCACUACAUGGAUUUCUCACAUAGAAACAAAUUCUUAGCUGAAACUGGCAAAAGUAUUGUGGACUCCGGUUUUCCAAAUCAGUGUAGGUAAGAAUUGCUGAGUGUUUUUAUCAAGUUGUAGUUGUCCCCAAAUAUCUGGUCUCUUCAAAUAUCUGAAGAUCCCUACAGAGUGAGAGAGCCUGAGUGAUGCUCCAUAUUUUAAAAAUAUUUAGAUAUUUUAAGAAAUAAUUUAUGAAAAGUGUAUAAGCUGCUGAUAGGUUUUUCUUUUAAAGUACAAACAUUCGUUUAUGUCUUAUCACUCAAGAAUUUUUUAAAAGUCAGAUUUUCUGUUUUUGACACGAAAAGCUGCAACAAUCAAAUUUUAAGAAACGUUCUAAAACAGCCAUCAGUUUCCGUCCUCUUCCCCACCCCCAUCCCUCAAAGUGGCCUUGUGCUUGUGGUGAUUUUAAUUCUCAAUGAAGUAGUAGAUUAUGCAGUUUAUUUUCUAUGAAAUCAAGUUCUACUCAGUGGAAAUAAUCCUUGCUAUUUGAAUUUUUUUCUGUUUAUUUUUCCUAUUGUAGCCAAGGAAAGAAUUGUCAUAUACUCAUAAGAGCAGGUGUCAACAUGUCUCAUAGCAACAGGUUUGAACUGUACAUACCUUCAUAUAAAUUUACAAUAUGUUAAAAAGAUAUGAAGAGAGUGCAUACUCUACUAAACUAUUUUAACUGGUUUGAGAUUGGGAACAAGAGAAAGCUCAGAUUUUUCUUUGUGACUGAAGCUGUUAUUUCCUACUGUAGCUUUUGUAUUCCAUUUACAAUGGUGCUUAUAUGAGAAAUGUAAAAGAAGCCCCUCUGAUUUUUAAACUUUUUGAGAGGAGAAAUUCCAGUCAUUGCCCAUUAAUACCCCACUGAUUAGAAUUAUUGCCUUCUUUUAGAAAGCUGUGCUGCUUUUUCUUUUUGAAAGGAUCAGGGAGUAAGAGUUAGCUCUUGCAAAACGUAUGUAGCUAGAAACAUUCUGUGCUUUGGACCUUGUGAUAUCUUACCCCAGCUGCCUGUAUCUGAAACUGAACUGUAUAAUAAACAUCUAAGUGUGAGAAAAAUAAUAUUUGUCAUGUAGACCUUUUAAGCUACAUAAAGAAUUGAAGUGAAGCUCCUUAUCAUCUUCCUUAUUCUGUUCUAGUGCACAGUGUAUUGUGAAAUUAGGCUCUACUUGACAGGAUGCAAUCUCUCCUCACCCCACCUCCACAUUGGUUUUUGCGCUAAACCAAAAUUUCAGUUUUGCUCUUUUCCUUUCUGUCUUUUCUUUCCAUAAAAUUUGAAUGGCUAAAGCUGAUAAGCUCUCAUGAAAAGGUAAUUUGGUUUGGCAAAUUACAAACUCAUUUUGGUAAUUUAUUAUGAACAUCGUUUGGCAUGACUUUAUCCUAGCACCUGAAAAUGCAGCAGAAGGUUGGGACCCAAAGACUACCAUGUCCUGUGUACAUGCAAGGGGUGUCCAGUCACCUCCUUGGUACUGCAUCCUCCUCCAAACCCCUGAAAAGCUUCCAUUGAUAGCUAGGGAGCACUCCAGGUCAGUAUUCUGUGGGGCAAUGCUCCAGAGGGAAGAUAGGCAAGUAAUGAAUGAAAACAUAGCUUGGCAUGGUUGAAUGUGGCCAAAUUGCCAUUGGCCACUUGCAACCCUUUCUGCUGUUUCUCAGUUAUAUUCACAGUUUAGCUCUAAAAAGUGAACAAACAUAGCCCUCUUGACAUUCAGCCCAAAUCUACUGCCUGCAUAACUUGAUAUGGUGACAUCCCUUUUCUGUAGAAGACACAGUGGCUCUAUUUGAUCAUCAUGAUAAGAUGUGGUUAUUGUAACAGGAGUGGCUCACUUCUUUCCUCUUUGCCUAGCCCUAGACUGUAUUAUGCCCCCAUCCACACUGCAGCUGCAAGGAGGAGUUGAGAAGUUUUUGAGUCCUAUUUUAAUUAACCACAGUUUGUUGUGUCACUGAAUAUGAGCAACUGGUUAAUGAUAACUCUGAUUUGUUUCAUAGACGUCAAGUUCAUUCACUCUGUGGCUUAUGAAGCAAGUCAGGCUCAAGAAAUCAUAGAUUAACCAAAGGUUUGAUGACAUAUACAUUAUGGUUAAUCAAAAAUAGUUCUGAAAACUUCCAAACUUCUCUUACUGAUCAGGUGACUGAAAUGCAUAGACCUGGGUUGACAAUGCAUGGUUUCAGCAGUGGGGAGGUGUAUGGGACUACAGUAAGCAUUCUGUAUAUAUUUGGGCAGAAAGACAGGCCCAAAUCAGAGAGAUUACAUGCUAGCUUGAAGAGAGAGAAAAAAUAAAAUUCACUUUAACCUCAGUUUCUCCAUAGAAAUGUCACUGUAUUAUUUAACUGUGUCCUGCUACAGAUCCCUUUUCUGUGGUGCAUUCUGCUUGCUCUGGCUGCUCCUGUUGGUGCUUCUCUUUUUUCAAAACAUUCUCUCCUGAAAAUGAGUCUCUGGGGCUAGAGAUUUUCUCUAACCAGGAUUUAAUGUCACCAUAUAGACUGAGGUUUUCAAAGGCACCCUGGAAAAUUUGAUUCACAGUUUUUGUUUUCAUUUCUUGUUCUUGUGAAUUAUUUGUUUCCUUUAAGGAAUUUGUGCUAACAUCUAGUUGUACAGAAUGAGUUACAGUAAUACAGAACCUUAUGUUUUCAUAUGUGGUUAAGGUGAUGUGAGAGGGUGGUCUCCUGUAAAAGAUAUUCCCCUGGGGGAGUGAGGGCAAACUUUGUAUUCUUUCAGUAUAUUUAAUAAAAUAGCUUGAAAAUAAUGCCUCCUUUAAAGUAUGAUGCUCAUGUGAGAUUGCCGGUACUAGGAUAUUUAACUAUUGGUUCACAGUAAACAUCCUGUCUCAUAAACAAAUACAAAUAGUAACAUUUAAAGGCACUUAACUGCUUGUAUAACCUAGGAUAUUAUAUGCUAACAAAAGUAAUUUGAAUAUGGUUCUUGCCACUUAUAUCUAGGUUUACAAGUGAAAAAUGAGUACCUGUUGUCACCCUUAGAAAUUUAUGUCCAAUAUGGAUCCUGGCAGUUUUCCUCCACCUUGUUGUUGUCACUGCUGCUGCUGUUGUUGUUAUGGUUGUAUGUCUUAGCUUUCUAGUUGUUUCCAAAUUAGUGGUAUGUAGAAGGCACACACACCUACACACAGAGAGGAGAAAGGCAAAAGAAACAAGACUCCUUUUCAUUGCCACUGGAGGGCAGCAUUUGGAAAGUUUUUCCUCCCAGCUUUUCCUCCCUGCAGAGUCUGAGAAUAUGACUAAAAAGCAUUUUAUUUUUUCUGGAAUUUGAAAGAGCUAGAAAGAAAAAACUAAGGGCUGAAAAAAGAAAGAGAUGAGGAAAUAAUUCAGUGUAACACCUCUCUAAAUCUUAACAACACAAUUCAGCUGUAGACACACAAAUACAAAUACAUGAGCUGGGUUAGUACACUGAACUUGGUCUACUGUUUCCUUUUGGGCCCCAAAAGAUAAAAGUACCCAAAAUUGUGUUGUCAAAACUGUAAUGUCACUUAUGGCUUUGACUGUGGAAUGGGCUGGCUGAGCCUGAAAUUACUGAAAUAACCUGCAUCUUAAAAGAAACAGACAAACUCUUAAAUGGAUCCAGCCUAAAGGGAUGAGCAGGUGGGUUACACUAUAUAGAGUGAUGAUUUCCGUUGAGGGAAUGGGGCUGAUUCUACCGUGUUUCUCCGAAUGGUGUUGGUAAUCACUGUCCAGUUUGGGGCACAUCUCAGGGAUUCCUUGUUGAAAUAAGGGCCGUUAAAAAUAGUUUUAAACCAGUAAUUUUACAGUAGAAUGUCAUCAAAAUGUGAGUACCAGAAAGAGAAUACCUUGUUUUGCUUUUGCCUCCUGUAAAGAAGUGAGAGAGUAGAUCUCUGUAUGUUGUUCAUACAGAGCGUGUAUCAUUCUCUUCUGGAAGCUGCUCAAGUCCAAUGUAUAGAAUCUUUUCCCUCCCAUCAUGUUGAGCUUUAAGCUUUUAUUUAACAAAGCCUUUCCUUUCCCUGCCUAAAACCCAAGGGUUCAAAAUACUUAUUGUAGAUUUUUAAAAGAAAAUGUAUAUUAAUUUAUGCUAUUAACAUCACCUCAUAAAUUAUGUUUUCUACUAAAAGAAACUAUUGAGUGUAAUGAAUUAUGUUGCAUAUGUGUUUUAAUAGCUAUAAAAUUAUACACAUUUUAUUAAAAGUCAUCAUCCCUACCCCACCCCAUGUAGCACCUUUUUACACUGGAUCUCUGCUGUGCCGAGUGGUACCAUUAUUCUUUUCUACCUUGCAAAUAUAAAUAUAUAAAUAAAAAUAUAAAACAGAUGAGAUGAAAAUGGUAUCUUGUACUGGACAAAACAGAAAACUUUGCUUGCCCCACAUGUUCCUCCUCUGAGGACUGUUUUUCUGCAAUAAUUUAAUCUGUGGUUUGUAUUUACGAUGGUUAGGCGUUUUUAGUUACAGGGUAAAUAGAUCACAUUUGAAUUCCAAUUACAGCAGCUGUGAAUUGUUCACCAAGUUUUCAAGACUUCUCCCCACAAAGGAUACAUACAUUUCCAGUUUGCUAUACAGGUUGGAAGUUCAAAUGGCAAAACAUUGAAUCUAGGGAUCCACAGUGUCUUAAACUGGGAAUUUUCUCCCCUCCGGUCCGCACAAAGGAGUUCCCACUGUGACUUAAGAAUAGAACUUAGGUAUCUUGUGUGCAUGUAUGUAUAAUACACACACACACAAACACACAAAAAUAUGCAUUGAGGGGGAAACUGUAUGUGUGAUAUAUGAAUGUGUAUAUUGUAUGUAGGAUAUUGGGGGGGUCAUAAUGAGAAAAAUAGCUGAGAGGGUGAUAGAAUGUAUUGUGGAAAUGUGGUCACUCAUUUUGUGCUGACGGUUGUACAAAUAACCAAACUACAUAUAGUGUCUUCUUACAAGGCUAAACUCUCUGCUAUAAUAUUUGUUUGUUUGCUUGCUUUAUUCCUUUUUUAAUCUCCCGAUUGCACUGAGCCCUUUUAAAAUGAUAGAAAAUUCCAUGUUUUGAAGACAACCUUAAAAAUAAAUAAAUAAAUAGAGCUUGCUUAAAAAGGAUUUAAAGUGGCAUUCUUACGUGUGAUGGGAGCGUCAGCCAUGGGAACCAGCUAUACAUAUUUAGGGGGAUACUAGAGUUUUCUGCCUCCAGUUUUUAAAACUGUUCUUGUUAUCAGGCUAUGGAUCUUUGUGCUAAGUGGCUUUCUAUCUUUAUGAUUGAUGUUUCACUUCAAAACUUUAUAUCAGGAAUUGUUUGGCUGUCCAGAUGAUGUUGGACAGCAACUCUCAGCAGUCCUAGCCAGUAUAGUCAGUGGUGUAGAAUGCUGGCAGUUGUAGGCCUAACAAUGUCUGUAGGGCUUUGUUAUUCCCACCUCUGCUCUACUCUUUGUGUUUCAGAAGGGGAUCAGGCAUUUGAGAAAUAUUGCUGGGGGAUUAUUAAAUAGCACCACAGUUACUUUCCAUCCCAAAGACUGCUACCCUGACAACCAUUUUAGUUUCUGAUAAGUUCAUAACUUCAGAAGCAUGGAGUUCUUAUUUAAGUCAGUGCAAGUGUAACUCAUGUCUUUUUGCUAACUGGUCAGCAAAAUGGGGGUGUACAUUCCUUUGCCAUAGCCACUUCCCCCUUUGGAGCGAAUGUUAAAUAGUGGCCCAGCAUAAAUGUUGAUAGUUCAGGCUUGUCCAGGUUUUUCUUCUGCAAAAAAAUCUGAAGUUUACUUAAAUAUGACUUUCAGAUCAUGAUUUAAAAGAAAUUCUUGAUAGCCUUAACCAUAGUUAAUAGCCAGGUUAGCAUAUCAUGUUAAACCAUAACGUAGCAUUGUGAGUACUAGCCUACCCUCCUCCUGUAUGCCCACAGAGAAGCAUAACCUUUCAGACUUUACUAACUGCAGGGUAUCACUGACCUGGUUUGAAGCCAAGAUAUGAAUGGACCCAUGAUUGAUUGGGAUACACUAGAAUAAUGAACCACAGUUUAAAACUGGCAUGUGUCAAUAAACCAUAGUUAACACUAGUCCCAGUUUGGCAUUUGACAUAACAACAACCUGCAGUUUGCUGAAAAGGGGAAAAAGUUGUUUCAGUCUCCUCUACAGCUGUGCCUUAGGCUUGGUCAUGAAACAGAAAAUGAUAAUUUAUAUAAUGUGGAAACACUGCCACUGCCUAUGACCAAGUGCUUCACUGCAGACGGAGAAAGAAGAAUUUUGCUCCAAGCAGUGGUCAGGUCGUGAGGAGUGAAUGUUCAUUCCCUUGACUUAUGCACUAGCGUGAGUGCAUGGAGCUUAUUGAUUGGUGUUUUAAAUUGGCUCCAGCCUCCCAGGCUGCAGCCAGGGUGUGCAGUUGAGGCAGGGUUUAUCACACACUGAAUUGCUGCCAAAUCGCAGGCCGCCAUCAGCCCGGGUCCCAGCUGUGCUCUGCCAGCACUUUUUAGAAGUUGGAAAGCUUUCCAUCUUUUAAAAAGUGCUGGCGGAGCAUGGCUUAGACCCGGCUGGGACCUGGGCUGAGAGUGGCUUGUGAUUAACAUCCCAGCUGCAGCCUGGGAGACUGGAGUCAAUUUAAAAUGCCAAGUAAUAAGCUCCUAUGAGAAGGCCCUAAACAUUCUUGCCCAUUCCCUUUCUCAUUUGGAUAUGAAAGACUGCAGUAUCCAAACUGGAAACAUCUAUGCCUUAAAUGCAGCAUCUUCUGCUGCUGUGGAAGACAUCUCCAUUCAUACAGAUUAAUUAUUUGUUCACACAUUUAGAUCAUGGGGCUUUUUAUGACAGUUUUCAUUGAAAAACAGACAAACUAUAUUUUUCUUAGAUUUCCUUUAAUUUUGUUUUUUCAAUUAUUUUAUGAACAUUUGAUUUCUUGUAGAUACGCAUGCAGUGAGACGGGAUUGUGGGUUGUUUAUGGUCUUUGCUUCCUCUUAGUUGGUGAACCUGGGUAGUACUAGAGUGAAUUUAUUUAUGGGAAAGAGUAGACUCCUUUUGUGUAUACAUGUACAGAGAGAUGUAUAUCAGAUGUGGCAGUACUUCACUGAAUGUGACAUUGCCCUUCCCAUGUACAAAAGAAUAUGAACGUGAGACUUCUAAUUAUAUAGAUAUGCGCAUAUUUGUGUCCAUAUGCCAAGUAUACAUGUGGCACACACAUACAAAAUAUAUGUUGCAAUGGGUGUGUAUGUGUGGGAUGAAGACCUAUGUAUAAGAAACUGAAAUUUAAGGAUAACUUAAAAUGUUUUGAUUUCCACUACUUUUGUUAGCAUGGAAUUCUCUUAUUGUGUUUGCUUUGUUGCUACUAUAAAAGCCCUAUGAGAUCUCUUCAACAUCUCCCCAGUGAAGCCCUCCUUACAUAUUUUUAUCUCUUUGUUUCUCUAGCAGAAUGCAUGCCUAUCAGUGCUCAGUCUUUCACUUGGAUCUCUCUUAGUCCUUCUGAAAAAGAGAGGACUUCCCACUCAGUAGAGUCAAAAUUGAGCAAAGACUUGCUGCUCAUAUGCUGCUUUGUUAAACUGCUCAUUUUGAUUCCAGUUGCUUAAUCCAAGCAAUCUACCCCCUUACAUGUACAUCUUUCUUGUUAUUAUGUCAAAGCAUAAUCUCAAAUGCAUCAUUUCACCCCUUUUCUUUCCAUAUGAUGAUACAAACAUAUAGAGAAACUCCUUUGUUUUGCUCUAGAUAUGUGUGGGGCUUUUUUGUCUACUCCUGACAUUCCUGAUUCUUUGCUAAAUACAUUGCUUGGAGUUCAACAGUCUUUUUAUACAUAGCAGAACAACUACCGUAAAUGGAGGCUUUAUACAAUCUUAUAAUUGAUAUUUAGCAUGGCUCAAUUAAUAUUAUUAAAUAACUGUUUGCCUCCUUUUUUUCUUUAAGUAGCAGAGUAACUUAAAAAUAGUUUUGUAUUCUUCACUUAACGGCUCCUUCCCAUGACCAAAAGGCCAGUUCUGCACACAGGUGACUUCAGUGUGCAGAAUGGUUGGCAGCAUAACAAAAGUCACGAUUACUGUUGUUCUGUUGCUUGGUUCUCUUAUUUUUCUGUGUAUGACAAGGGAUGUGUGAGGAAGGAGAGCUUAUAAGACUCUUCCCAGGUAUCCUGAAUAUGUGAUGCUGUGCUUUGCUAUACUGACACUUGUCAUUCUACAUUGAGCUUUCAGUCUUUUUUUAAAUCAUAUGAGUCACUCAUACAUUGGAUUUAAAUAUCUGCCAGUGGAAGGUCCCAUAUGUCCAGUAGUAUAUGCGCCCCACUGAAAUGUGUAACCGACUCCCUUGUAGAAUAUGCCAUUAGAUUAUUUGGUCUUCAGGGCUCUCCCAUCUAUCAAUAAUACUCCCUCCGCCCUCCAAAAAUAUUGAGAUUAGUUUAGCCCCUAACAGGAAUUGUAAUGCCCUUAAUGUUCAUGCACAACCCAAGAAUUGAUAUUGUAGGGCCAAAUGUUUCUGUAUAUGUAUGUGUAUAUACAUGACACACUAUUUCAGGGCAUAAAUAUAUAUUUAUAUGUGUAUGCAAUAUAUUUUUCCCCCAUCCCCUUCUGCAUUCAUGAUUAUAUGAGAGAGAAUAUAUCCUAAAUGUACAUUUUGGUUCACUUUUGACAUAUGAGCAAAAUGCUGUCCCAGUUCUGUGUCAUAAAUGAAAGAAAAAGAAUAUUUAUAAUUCUCAAAAAGCCAUUUGAAAUUGUCUUUGAACAAGAUAGGAGGUUGGUUUAGUAUAUACUAUCCUGUGUCGAUAGGGAAGGUGCCUGUUUCUAAGUGUGGAUCUUGUUGAUUGUAAUGAAUUGCCUUUUCUUUUUAACCCUGUUUUUAAAAUUGUCACUAUUUGCAUUCGGCUGUAAAACAGUUUUCCUCCAAAUUUUCCUACAAUCAGCAUGCUUCCAUCACUGUUUACUUUGAGCUUUGGAUAGCAUUGGUGUCACUGAGGGGAAUAGUAUAUGCUGAUGCCUGUGUGAGAAUACAGUGAGGCUUCACUGUUCUGCCAGAAACAAGGGUUUAAAGGUGAGGUGGUUUUGUUUUUUUAAAUCACAGAAAAUGCCUGGAAAUGAGUCUUUCUUCUUAUUCAUUCAGAAAGUUCUUGAUUGGGAACUACUGCAUUCAAAAGAAUUCCUUGGCCUGUUUUCUGCAUCACAUUACCCUGUGACUCGCUUUUCCAGGACUGAAUUGAUUUGUUGUGUUCAGGUACAAAAUAUAGAGGGCCAUAUCUAUAUAUAUAAGGGGGCAUGUGCCUAAAUAUUUAUUUAAGAAUUUAUUUAAGAACACAAGUUUAAAGCCUAGGUGAUUUGAGCAGAGAGCAUUCAUUCAAGCAAAGCUGGAAAGGAGGAAAUAAGCAAAUGGUUAAAUGUUGGUCACAAAGUCUAGAAAAUGACACUUUCCCACUUUCUGUCUCUCCCUUUCUCUCUCUUUCACAUGCACACACAAUCUCAAUCCCAAUCUUUCUCAGGGCUGUCCGAGACUUUAAGAGUUGGUAUUUCUGUCAUUUUAAAAUGAGCUUUGUUAAAAAAGUUUUAUUUUGGAAACAGCCGCAUAACAGAUUCAUGGCCACCAUUUUUUUGUUUUUUUUAAAUGGGGAGAAGAUGCAAUGGGAAACCCAUGGUGAGGCAGCAGUAUUGUGGGAAGUACAGCUUGCUAAUGUUAACACGUGUCCUUCAGGGUAACAGCACGGUAGCAAGGAUUAUCCUUAUCUGUCUACAUUCAUUUGUUCCUAUUUGAACUCGCUGGCUGUCCCUCCCUGCAUACAUUGAAUUAAAAGCUAAAUUAUAACGUGUUGAGCAUAAAUAACAGCCUAAAGG